AUGGCGACUUCAUCUUUAAGUUGCGGUGUUUGUGAUUUACGCCAUAUCACCAAACCUUCUGCGGUUUGGUGUAGUGAAUGCGAUGAAGGACUUUGCGAAGGCUGUCAGGAGCAUCACAGUUUAUCGAAAUCAUCCCGAACUCAUACUGUCAUACCAAUUUCUGAAUUUGAAAAAUUACCCAAGGAUAUAGUUCAAAUAUCUCAGUUUUGUGACAAACACAAGGAAAAAUACAUCAUUUACUGCAAGAAGCAUGCAUGUCCAUGUUGCAGCAGCUGCAUUGUUCAAAGUCACAACAAAUGUGACGAAAUCGUAAAACUAGAUGACGUCAUUCAUAACGCCAAAACUUCAAAUAAAUUCUUCGAAAUAGAGCGGGCAUUGGCAGAAGUAACCGAAAAUAUUGAGAAAAUCAUAAAAGAUCGACAAAACAACAUCAAGACAUUAUCUGAGACUCGGAAGCAGAUCGAGAAGGAAAUCCAAAAGACCCGAAAAGCCAUCAAUAAUCAUAUCGACAAAAUACAAGCAAAUAUAAUAAAAGAGCUUUAUGCAUCGGAAGACAAGGAGAGUAAAAGUAUCCGUCAAUUGUUAAAUUCUUUAGAGGAAAAGCAACAAGAGAUUGAGAUAUUACAGAAGAACAUUUCAGAUAUCAAACAGCAUGCGUCAGACCUUCAGACAUUUUUAUCAAUGAAACGAAUUGAAACGGAGGUCGUUAGCAAAGAUGAAUACAUCAGGUCGUUAUCCGGUAGCAAAAAUUUGAAACAGAUAGUCCUGUCAUUUUCUAUCAACACUGCAAUUAAAAAUCUCAUUUCCGACAUCCCAAAUUUAGGAAAUAUCAUUGUUAAAAGUCAAUCGUUCAAUAUUGAGCUAACCACGACCAAGCAAAGACAAGCUCAAAUGAUGAUGACAAAAGUACCAGCAAGAUCGUUUGAAAAUAUCAAUGUAAAGUUACAGCAGACCAUAUACACGAAACAGGACAAUUACAUUUCUGGUACAUAUCUGCUACCCGAUGGAAGGAUGAUAUUUUCCCGCAAAAUAAAUACACAGGAUACUAUAACUGUUUUGAAUGCAAAUGGAUCAUUGAGUUUUGAAGUAGCCUUACCUUCAUCAUCCUUUGAUGUAACAUAUAUAACAAAAGACAAUACUUUGGCUGUAUCAUCUGGUGGUUCUGCUUCCAGGUGUAUUUAUAUUAUUGACAUGCAAAACAAAAAAGUAAAGAAACGUAUUUCUGAAAAGGAUUUUAUAUAUGGGAUAACAUAUUGUGGAUCUGGUUUGAUUUAUUCUGGGCGGUUUCAAGGAAUUCGAAUGAUCAAUCCAAAUGACGAGACCAUAAGCGAUAUAGUCGGAGGAGAAAUGACAUAUAGAUGCUACGUUGCAUCAUUUGGCAACACAAUUUAUCAUACAAAUCCAGACGAUAAUACCGUUACAUGUUAUGAUCUCCAAGGUAAAAUACAAUGGACAUUUCAAAAUAGAAGCGUUUUGCAGACACCCGCAGGCAUCUCUGUAGAUAAUGAUGGUAAUAUUUAUGUAGUAGGCCGUGCAUCAAAGAAUGUUAUACUUGUUUCUUCUGAUGGACAACGACAUCGACAACUGUUAUCUGGAACUGACGGUCUCUCCGAACCAUGGGCGAUUCAUUUUAGUAAGGAAAAAAAUAUGUUGAUUGUUGCCAAUAAAAGAGGAGGAGAAGCAUUCUUAUAUUCAGUAAACUGA